AUGUCUUCACAACCACUUCACGCACUCUGGGAGGCUUCUGCAGGCCAACCGUUCCAGGCUGCUGUAGACAAGGACACGCAGCUCUCCAUCGGCUUCUUCCUCCUGCUCGGUGCCAUCAUCCUGACUGGUCUCUUUGGUCUCAACCUCAACCUCAAGAACAUCCCGAUCCUCGCCCUUCCAGCUUCCCUCGCAUUCGGCUUCGGUGCUGUGUACAUGAUCUGCGCUGUGGGUGUAUACGUAUAA